GCCAUCUUGGAACCGAAUUAAGUUGAUCCCAGUCUCUUUUGUGACUCCUGUCAAAUCGGAAGGUCUGAGAUCACGAACACUGAGACAUUUAAAUCACAAGACACUUCCGACUCCUGUCAGACUUCGACCUACAGAAACACAAACCUUCAAAGACCCUUGAACACCAUCUGGGCGAAUAACUGCACUAAAACAUAAGGCUUUCAACAGAGCCUGAAUGGAGGCCCACGGUUCAGCACGAUUGUCCAGGAAGAGAAAGAGAGAAGGUUCAAAUGGAGAGGCAGAGGAAGGCGAGAAACCGCUAAAGUAUAAGCGAUGCACAGUGGGUCUGAAAUACCCAGCUCCGUAUGCAGAUCAGCUUGAGUCAAUGGAAGAUAAGCCAUAUCAGCGCGUCACCAUGGAGGAAGCUCGCAAAGGCACUCCACCCGACAGGCCUGUGCGGGUGUACGCUGAUGGCAUCUUCGACAUGUUCCACUCAGGACAUGCCCGCGCUCUCAUGCAGGCUAAAUGCCUUUUCCCAAACACUCAUCUUAUUGUAGGUGUGUGUAGCGAUGACCUCACACACAAGUUAAAAGGCUUCACUGUCAUGAACGAGGAUGAGCGCUAUGAUGCGAUCAGUCACUGUCGCUAUGUGGACGAGGUGGUCCGGAAUGCUCCAUGGACUCUUACACCAGAGUUCCUCACCAAGCAUCGGAUUGACUUUGUGGCCCAUGAUGAUAUCCCAUACUCCUCAGCUGACAGUGAUGAUGUUUACAAGCACAUCAAAGAAGCAGGAAUGUUUGCACCAACCCAACGAACAGAGGGCAUUUCCACCUCUGACAUCAUCACACGCAUUGUACGAGAUUAUGACGUUUACGUCAGACGAAAUCUUCAACGCGGCUACACCGCAAAAGAGCUUAACGUCAGCUUCAUCAAUGAAAAGAAGUACCACCUUCAGGAGCGUGUGGACAAGGUCAAGAAGAAGGUGAAGGACGUGGAGGAGAAGAGUAAAGAGUUUGUACAAAAGGUGGAGGAGAAGAGCAUUGACCUGAUCCAGAAAUGGGAAGAAAAGUCCCGCGAGUUCAUCGGCAACUUCCUGCAGAUGUUUGGACCUGAGGGAGCAUUGAAGCACAUGCUGAAGGAGGGUAAAGGGCGAAUGCUCCAGGCCAUCAGUCCGCGGCACAGCCCCAGCAGCAGCCCCACACAUGAGCGUUCCCCGUCUCCAACCUUCCGUCUGCCCUUCUUCACCAAAACAUCCCCGCCCUCCUCACCCUCAUCACAUCACAGCAGCGCCCUGUCCGGCUACACCUACGCCGCUCGUCGACAGGCCAUCAGCGAAGACGAGGAGGACGACGAGGAUUAGAGUGGCACAGCACACCACACAUCUGUCUUCCAAUACCGGCAAUCCAACCUCAGAAACGAAGCAAUCCUUACACCAUCCAUCGGUUUCGCUCUCUGUAUUAUUACCACGUAUAUGAAGGGUUAAAAUGGAGAGACGUCUAGAACGUUAGAGACCAUGAGUCAUUUCCGACUUGUGGAGAUUUUAAGUCAUCGUCAGCGACGAGAUGCUGAAUCACAUAGGAUCGGCAGGGCUUUUUCAUGUUUUAGAACGAACGCACGUUGUAUCAAUGCGUUUCAUUUUUGUUUUAAGUUUAGUUUUAAUGUUCUUAUCGUAAUAUAUACUUGUUAGACAUCUCAUAAGUCAGUCAUGUCUCUCUUGGAAUGGCUGAGAUUGAUGUCUAGCGUUUGAAAACACCGCAAGGCACUGGAAGAUAAAUGCAAUUAUCUAAGUACAGGAGCUAAAAAAUAAUGAAAAUUGUUUGUUCGUAUCGCAAGGCGCAUAAUCAGUGUUGUCGUGGUUAGUAAUUCUACAAAUUAGAAAAAUACGCCAAUAUUAUACAGGCAUGGCUGCAGUGGAAAAUGAAGUUUGCCUACUUGAAUUUGGUGUGCUUUAGUAAAGGUCAGAAUUCCACAUUUGAACACUGUGUUUCAAAAAUAUAUGCUUAAUAAUAUAAAGAGUUGUCUGUUUUUACUGUAAGUAAUUUCAUCACUGCACAGUGCCCUAUUCAUCUCUCACUGUGAUCGUUUUCUUUCAAAGAGCUCUUAACGAAUAUCCUAAAACUUAGGAUGAAGGGCUAGUUUUCCAAGUUCAGUGUGUAGUUUCAUAAUUAGGUUCUGCUAAAUGAGUCUUGCACGUUUUGAAGUCAAACCAGUGGAGCUGUUUAUAAAUGUUAAGGAAUGAAACCACUUAAAAGGAAUAUUCUGGGUUAAAUACAACUUAAACUCAACCGUUGGUGUCUAGUAUGAUAGAAAAUCAUCACUAAAACAUUUUGACAGUUACACACAAUGCAAUUUUUGGAGCAGUCAUUGUUUUAGAGGCAAAAUGAAUGACAGCAUGAUGUCUCAAGCUUAACUUGUGUUCAACCCCUAACAUGCCCUUUGAAGAGCUUUUUUAUGUACAUGUAUGGAUAUGCAAUGGUCAGUUUCAGACAGUAUGUGUUUAAAUUGCGAUCGUAACACCAGUGAUUAUAAUAUCUAAGUUCUUUUGUCUCGUUUCAUAAUUUGAUGAGAGGCAGAGGCUCAACGAACUGCUGUCCAGACUUGCACUGAUGUCAGAAUUCAACUGUUUGUCUGCAAAUAGUUGAUGCCUCAUUUUCACGGUAAAGUCUAUGUUUUUCCAGCCUCUGACUUUUCCUUUGCACAAAUUAAGUGAAUCUAGGAGAGAUUAUUUUAUUAAAUUUGCCUUCCCUUAUCCUGUCAGCCUUUUAUUGUACAGGAUGUCAACAGACACAGGAAGACAAAUAAAUAGUGUCUAAUGUUCAA